AGUUUGUGAAUAAUAUAAAUGUUAAUUAGUUCAAGUAGAUCAUUUGAGAUCAUUAGUUCAAGCAAGUUGACGUUGAUGUGAUGUGCUGUCAGUGUAUAAUCAUCAGAUUCAAAUAAAGCCCAAAUAGGAAAUAAAGUUAUUAAAUGUUAGAAAACAUAGUGCCAGAAGGACAAACAAAUGUUGCUCUUAAUAUAUUUAAUACUUGGUCUUCAUAUAAGUUAUGGUAUGAACGAAACUAUACAUGUUGAGGGGACAAAAGCCAUCCAGAAUGCUCAAAGUAUAGUGAAUUCAACCAAACAGCAACUAGGGAAUAUCACAAAUUCAUUACCUUUGGAUAAAAGUGUUGAUAUCUCAUUAAAGUUUCCUCAUCCCCCUGACAAUGACUUAUUACAAUCAGGGGCUUUACUAAGAGCAUUUUAUGUGGUGCUAGGAGUUACUAUUAUAUUGCUUUCAUACAUUGGCUUCAGAAUGUUCAGAUUGAGAAAAGGCACAAAACCACCAGUGAUGGUUAAGAAGUAUGGCAUUUUAACAAAUCGAAGUGAUGUGGAAAUGGUCCCUCUUCCCUUGAGCGAAGAUGAGGAUGAUGAUACCAUCUUUGAAAUAAACAAUGUAAAUAAUAGAUAGUUUAUAGGGUAACUAUUAUAAUGUAUUUUUUUAUAAAAUAACUAAUGAUGGCUGUUUGAGUGCAGUUGGCAACAUAUUUAACAAUUAAAUUAUUAAA